AUGGACAGUGACGUGCCAGCUCCCCAAGACGCCGAAGCUGCCGGACCCGACGCCUGCUUCAACGCGGCCCCCUCCCACGGGCAGCAAGGAGCCCCGAUGCAAGACGGCGCUCUGGCUUCCGGCAUUGCCUCUGGGCCGUCGCCGGCCGUGGACGUCGAUGAGGGCGCCCCGGCGCCGGGUGAGGCGGUGAAGCCCGAACAGCCGCCCUCGGAGGUGUCGGGCGUCCCCUACGGCAACAGCGCAGCCGCGGAUGGGGUGUACAGCCAAGCCACGCCGCAGGGGCUUGAGCAGGGGGCAGAGCACAUGCAAGAGAUGGUGGCCAUACCAAUGGCGAUGAAUGGCACAGCGCUGGGGUUCCCUUCAGCAACGGUGGCCAUGGGUGGAAUUCAGGGACCCACGGCUCUGCCUGCCCCCCUACAUGUGCCACAUGGCGAGCACAGUGCAGUCGUGGUGGCUGGCACUGAGGGGCAGAUGGCCGCCCCGAUGAUGUUCCCCUACCAACCUGAGAGCAUGGGUUUCAGCGUUGCUCCUUCGGGGCUGGGACCGGAGCCUGUGGGUGUGCCUGAACUGGUGCAUCGGAUUCAGGCGCAGGCGGAGCGCAUCAAGGAGCUGGAGAGUGAAAAAGGCAGACUGGAGAGGCAGCUGGAAUUGUUCCUCUCAUUCUAUGACGAUUUUGCUGCUGCAGCUCACAAAUUGCAUGAAGGUAUGGCGCAGCAGAGUGUUGCAUUGCCAGAUGCUCGACAGCUGGCAACUCCAGGAAGGAAGAGGAAACAGAGUGUGAAUGGACCAUUGGUGACGCCAAAGCCAAAGAAGGCAAAGGGCAAAGAUGCUGGCACGGUGCCGCAGGUGCCUCUGCCCCUACCUCCUUCUGUGCCUGGGGAGGUCAGCCUUCGGCUGACAAAGAUCAAAGGGCAGACUGUGCUGCACCGGGAUGCCGUGAUGAUCUACAGGAUGGAAUUUGUUCGUCAUGGGGUGUUUGAGAGGUACCUGUUCAUACCCAAUGACGCCAUUCCCUUGUACGGGAAGCAAAACUGGAUGAACAGGGCAACCAUACCAGGAGAAGUUCUCAAGAUGGUGGAGAACUGCCUGACCACCAAGUCUGUGUUUUCUGAGCAGUAUGCAGACGAGGUAAAGGCAAUGAAGGCAGAAGUGGCACAGGUGUGUCCGCUCCUCUCUAAAUGGGGCCUGGGCAGCAACAAGGUCCGCCUCAUUGAGGCUUCUGGCAUGGGGGAGCUGGUUGUGCGGCUGCACAGGGUGGCCAGCAAAAGGGAGUCCAAGGAAGGAGUGGUGGACGACAUCGACUUUGACGUUUCGUGGAUCGAGUCGGCUGGCGCCGAGGUCGUACCUCCCGAGCAGUGGGGGCCGCCUGUCUAUGCCCGCAAAAAGGGGGAAGUGUCCGGAGCGUCGCUGUCCGGGACACCUACGCAGGUGGCGGCGUUGGGUGUUGGGGGCGCUCCAAUGGGCGGAGACUUGAUACCCGCCGGGCCAAGGAUGGAGGUGCCUUCUGUGCCGGCGCCUCCUGGUCUAAUGCAAGGCAUGGAGGGCGCCUUGGGGGCGGCACCUUCGAUGAUGGCGGCGGACUCUGCAGUCUCGGCGAUGCCACAGAUGCAGAUGGAGAAGUUGGAGGGGGCGUGA